UCAAACCUGUUUCACAUGAUCAAAGCUAUCAAAUCAAAUUAUAAUAAAGAGCAUUCAAAAUGUUUGCGCAAAAAAAUAAGUCGCGUAUAUCCGAUUCCCAAGUAUUUAAAACAAUGCAAUCCGAAUACGAACCGAGGGUGAACCAACUGGAAAAAGAUGUUUACGAGUGCUGUCGAAUGUUGAAACAAGACGAAAAAGUCAAAGAUAGCACCACCAUGAGGAAAAACCACAGGGAAAUGGAAAAGUAUGUAUCCUGGAAGUUCGAUAUGCGCGAUUUUCCCAUGGAAAAUAUUCGCAUUCAGCUGAAGGAUGAACUCGUUUACGUUCGUGCCUAUUAUAAGAAUCUGAAUAUCAAGCGAGAAAUUCUUAUGCCCCAAAAUGUGGAUGCCUCAAAACUUACGGCGUUGCUAACACCCCGCGGAAUUCUUACUAUAUCAGUUCCUAUUGUACUGCUGAUAUCAGACGACCAGAAGAUGAGGUUCUGAACUAUUACAUAGAAUGAAUAUAUUCUAU